AUGUUGCCGCGGAACUUCAUCAUCCCAGAGGUGAAAGGAAACCUCUCCGCGGAGGAUCGACGCAUCCUGUUGGCCAGCUUCCCGAGCCAUUGCUACAAGAAGGUCGCUAAAGUGAUCAUUGGCGAGCCGCCUGCAGAUUACAAGACCUUCAUGCAGCAGGCUUGGUUGAAGGACAAAAAGGCAAAGGCAGAAGCAGAGCUGAUGCGAAAGAAGGCAGAGGCUGCUAGGAAAAAGGAAGAGGAAGCGCAUAGGAAGGCGCAAGAAGAGCAGAAGAAGGCGGACAAUUCCAAGGAAGCGGAGGCAGAAGGAGCUGAAGGUGAGUCGAAAGAAGAUGGAAAGGAGAAGGGAGAAGAGGAGGAGAAGGAUGCGAAAGAUGAAGAUGCGAUGGAAGAAGAGGUCCUAGUGAACUUGACGGAGGAAGAGAAGAAGUCGAAAGCUUACCCUCUUUGA